AUGCAAGCUGUUAUAUUUAAAGGUGUAGGAAAAAUUGCCGUCGAAAAUCGCCCCAUACCAAUAUGUAAGAACUCUACUGAUGUCAUCAUCAAAGUACACGUAACUGCUUUAUGUGGCUCGGAUUUACACAUCUAUAGAGGACAUGAAUUUAGUGAGACAGACGUCAUAAUGGGUCAUGAAUUUGUUGGAGAAAUCAUUGAUGUUGGAUUAGAUGUAAAAAAUUUCAAAAAAGGCGACAAAAUCAUUGUGCCAUUUUCUACAUGUUGUGGCAAUUGUUUUUAUUGCGCAAAGGGACUUACUUCGAGAUGUGAAAAAUCUCAAGUAUUCGGAACACCGUUGCUCGACGGUGGCCAAGCUGAAUAUGUACGAAUUCCUUUUGCUGAUUCUACGGCAUUUUUGGCUCCAAAGGAAAUUCCUGAUGAUCUAGCAUUUCUUAUGGCUGAUAUAUUUCCGACGGGUUAUUUUGCUGCGAAAAAUGCGUGGACUAUGCUCAGUGAUCAGGAACGGCAAGCUUCGAAUCUAACCGUUUGUAUUAUUGGAUGUGGACCAGUUGGUUUGUGUGCUGUUAUUGCAGCUUGCAACCGUUUUCCAAUCGUAUAUGCAAUUGAUAGUAUUGAAGAACGUCUUGAGGAAGCCAAAAACCAUGGGGCUAUUCCAAUUAAUAUCAAUGAUGAUCCCAUAAGUGUAAUCAAGAAGGCAACAGAAGGUCGAGGAGCUGAUGCUGCUUUGGAAGUGGUUGGACAUGCUGAUGCUUUGAAAUUGGCCUACGACCUCAUCCGCCCGUAUGGAGUUAUUGCCUCGGUUGGCGUACAGCAAGAUGCUUUUCCAUUCACUGGACCUCAAGUCUAUGACAAGAAUGUACGUUUGCAAUUUGGGCGAUGUCCCGUUCGAGCCCUGUUUCCCGAAGCACUACAACUGUUUUCGGAAAAGCAAGAUCAAUUCAAAAAUUUUAUAAGUCAUCGUAUGAGUUUGUCGGAUGCUGACAAAGCUUAUGAAUUGUUCGAUAAAAGAUUAGCUAGAAAAGUUAUUUUUGAUCUACGCACAUAA